UUCAAAAAGAAAAGAGCAGAAUCUUUUCUGAGAUUCCUACGAGUAAAACUAAAAAGAAAAAAGCUCUUCUUCCCAGGUCCAACCUGCACCCUUUUCUUGAAUACUUUACUUACUGGAGAGGGAUGGCAGAAGAAGGAAGAGAAGGAGAUUGGGAGUGUGGUGGUUGUGGAAACAGGAAUUAUGCGUUUAGGUCAUUUUGUAAUCGUUGUAAACAACCUAGACUUCUUGUUGAUACUAAAACUCCUGCUGAUUCUAAAUGGUUACCUCGUAUUGGAGAUUGGAUCUGCACUGGUUGCAGUAACAACAAUUAUGCGUCAAGAGAGAAGUGCAAAAAAUGUGGUCAAUCAAAGGAGCUAGCAGCAAUGCCGCAGAUUGCAAUGUCUGGAGCUUCACUGCCAACUUAUGCGCAUCAAUUUGCCAGGGGUCAAGGAGAAUUGGCACUGAAGAUGAAUUUAGGGAUAACUGGCAAUUCUGCUCUCCAGCAGCCACUUCCUUUUAAUCCUAAUUGGUUACUUGGAGGUGUUGACAAAUAUGGACUUCAACCAGCAUCAGCAUGGCCCUUUGUUGGUAGUAGUGAUGCCGAGUUCUCACUUCUAAACACUGGGAAUCCGCUUAUGGUUCCAAAAAGAUGGCGGAGUGGUGAUUGGGUUUGCGACUGUGGCUUUCACAACUACUCUUCUCGUGCUCAGUGUAAAAAGUGCAAUGCUUCUUUGUCGUCUAGUACACUCUCCUCUGUGGCGAAUACUGCAAAUAGAGAUUUCUCUCCAACUCAUGGAACGAAAAGAUUGGCUCCAGAGGAAUUUGUUAAUGACUGGGAUAAUAAGAGGCUAAACGCAGGAUACAUGAACCAUCUGACAAGCAAUCAACAGCAAUCAUUCCAUAGAUUUAAUCAGAUGGGGCAGUCUGGCAAUCAGCAACAACGUGGGGGUUAUCUCCCUUAUCAAAGCGAAAGUAUGGCAAUGGUGUCAGGCAUACAAUUGCCAAUGCAGCUUCCAAUAGCGCCUACACUUUUAGGAAAAGGGGCAAAACAGUGGCGUGAUGGAGAUUGGAUGUGCACGAAUUGCAGCAACCACAAUUAUGCAUCCAGAUCACAUUGCAAUAGGUGUAAAUAUGAAAGAGAUGUGCUUAACCAGUCUAUAAAUGUUGCGUAGCUGUUGAUGUCUUAAAAGGCCAGAGAAUUGUUGUUAAAAGUUAUACAGGUUUGAGUAUACAGUUUCUUUUGGAUGAGCUUAUUUUAGGUUUUCUAUUUCAUUUUAGAGUUUUAUGGCAUGCCUUUUUCUUUCACACUUCGUUGUACUUCACAUACAGAUUCUGUAAUUCAUAGGCGAUUCAGUUAAGCGUGCAGAGAUCCAUUUCAUUGUAUUCAAACGAUUGAUUAAUAUUCUGUUAGCACAGUGAUAAGUUGUCUACAAGGUAAAACCCGAUUAUGAGAAGGAACUAAAAGCAUGGUAUUUGAAAGUCUGGUUGAACUUGAGUCUAAAAUGGCUUAGCGCUAAUGUAUAUGUUCUGUUGAAUAGCAGAUAGUGUACUUUUCUUUUUAA